AUGGCGUUUUUUUCUAAGCGUUUUAACUUCAGCUGGCGAUGCACUUCGGUCUAUGGACCUGUAGAUCGGUCUCGCAAACAGGCUUUCUGGGAUGAACUUCGGGCUGUUAGUGGCGAGUCGAUGGUGCCCAUGGUAAUUUGUGGUGAUUUCAAUGCCAUUUUUGCCUUGGAAGAUAAAGUUACGGGUGUUCCUAACUUGGAGGAUAUUCGGUGUGCAAAUGCCUUCUUGCAGGACUAUGCCUUUUUUGAACCCUCCUCAAAGGGUAGACGUUUCACCUGGACUAAUGGACAGUCUAACCCAAUUUGGGUCAAAUUAGAUCGUUUUCUAGUCAACGGUGCUUGGGCUGAGCGCUUUCCUAGGUUGACUCAAUCUAGCCUCCCGAGGUUAGGUUCGGACCAUGUGCCGAUCCGUUUGGAAGCGGGCUCUCACUUGGUGUGUCCUAAGCCGUUCAGAUUUGAGUUCGUCUGGACUACGGCGGAGGGGUUCUCUGAGAUUGUGAAGAACUGGUGGAAGGAGUCUUCAUUUUCGGGUUGUGGGGCUUUCAUCUUAUCCAAGAAGCUGUCGAACUUGAAAGUUAAGCUAAAGCAUUGGGCGAAGUUUGAUUUUGGUUCUAUUAAAUUAAGGAAGCUGGACUUAUUACGACAGUUAGAGGAAUUGGAUUUGAUCAAUGAAGAUAGGGGCCUUUCAGUGUCUGAACAACAACAGGAGCUUGCUUUGAUUGCCUGUCUUGAAGAGAUCAGGAAACAAGAGGAGAUUUAUUGGAAGCAAAGGUCGAGAUUGCAAUGGUUAAAGGAUGGGGAUGAAAAUACGAAAUUUUUCCAAGCGGUGGCUAACGGCCGUAAAAAUAGGAAUUUCAUUCCUUACAUCUCAAAGGAUGGGUCUCGGGUUGAGAAUCUGUACGACAUUGGGAAGUUUUUUGAGGCUCAUUUCCGGCUUAUUUUUGGUCAAAAGCGGCAGUCUAGGAUUAAUAUUGACUUUGAGAAGUUAUUCGAGUAUAAGAAUAGUGUUGAUCUGACUGUUUUGGACUCCCGGGAUUUUGACCGUAAACCAAAAUCCCUCAAUGAUGGGAUUUCAAAAGCACAUGAAAAAUGA